AUCCUUGGGGCGAGAGCCUUGUCGCAGGUCCUCGUCGCGUAGUGUAGUGCGAGAUCGGAUUCGCUACCUUUUGCAAGUUUUGUGAAGAUAUAUUUAUAUAUACAUUAUACAUUAUUAUUUUUUUAUCGGAGACGUUUGUGAUAAGUAGACGUGUUCUGUAGUGUUUACCAAAAAGAGGGUGAAAAAUCUUUUUUUUUUAAUACAGUCCUUUGAGAAACAUUUGGAAAAAAGUCUUUGCUGGAAACAAAGUUUUUUUGUGCAACAGAAAAAAAAACAGCAAAGCAAAGAAGAAGGAAAAAACAUAACGAAACAGAGAGCGAGAAAGAGAAAAACUCCCCACCCCCCACCGCAAAAAUAAAUAAAUAAAUAAAUAAACAAUAAUAAUAAAAAUAAAAGAAAAACCAAAAAACAACAACAUCAAAAUGUCCACCCACCUUACCCCUCCCUCCUUCUCCACCUCCACCACCUCCUCCUCCAACCUCCCCCGCCACCUCCUCCUCCACCUCCUCGUCCUCCUCCUCCUCGCAGUCGUCUCUCCCCGCACGACCCUCGCGCAGGACACGACCGCCGCCAGCCAGGACGACCUCGAGCUCACGAUCCUCCACCUGAACGACUUCCACGCGCGCUUCGAGGAGACGAACGUGUACUCGGGCAGGUGCACCGAGGGCGACCGCGAGAAGAACAGGUGCUACGGGGGCUUCGCCAGACUCAGCACGGCCUUGCAGAGCUUCCGCCGCGAGCGCCCCAACGUGCUGUUCCUGGCGGCCGGAGACUACUACCAGGGCACCGUGUGGUAUACGAUCCACAAGUGGCGCGCCCUCUCGCACUUCCUCAACAUCAUAGGACAAGACGCCAUGUCCCUCGGCAACCACGAGUUCGACGACGGCGUGGCGGGCGUCGUGCCCUUCCUGGAGAACGUGUCCUUCCCCGUGCUCGCCGCCAACUUCGAGGACCGGAGGGAGCCCUCGAUCCAGGGCAAGUACAGCAAGUCGGCGGUGUUCGUCAGGGGCGGCAGGAAGGUCGGAGUCGUCGGCUACGUCACGGUGGAGACUAUGAUGAUUGCCAAUCCUGGAAGAAUUAUCAUUACCGAUGAAGUACAAGCUGUGAGGAAAGAGGCGCAGAGAUUGAAGAGUGAAGAAGGCGUAGACAUCAUCAUUGCCUUGGGACACGCGGGGUUCAAGAAGGACCUGGAACUGGCGAGAGAAGUCGAAGAGGUAGACGUAGUCGUGGGCGGCCAUACGAACACCUUCCUCUACACCGGAGGCGACGACCCUUCGACGGAGCCGAGCGUGGGCCAGUACCCGACCGUCGUGACCCAGGCCUCGGGCAGGAAAGUGCUGGUGGUACAAGCUUACGCCUUCGGGAAGUACCUGGGUCACCUGGAGGUCACCUUCGACGCGGCGGGCGAGGUCAAGACCUGGCGAGGGAAUCCCGUGCUGAUGGACAAUGCGGUGGAGGAAGACCCCCGGAUCCUGGCGGAGUUGGUCCCGUUCCAGGAGCAGGUGGCGAGCGUCGUCAAGGAGGAGAUCGGCAAGACUUAUGUAUUCCUCGACGGCACCCGAGUCAAUUGCAGGAUGAAGGAAUGCAAUCUUGGCAACUUGCAAACGGAUGCGAUCGUGCACAUGAACACGAAGUACCCGGAUGACGCCCGCUGGGCCCGCACGGCGCUGGCCAUCCUCAACGGCGGCGGCAUUCGGGCCUCCGUCGACGAGCGCGCCUCCAACGGUACCAUCACAAUGGAAGACAUUCUUACAGUGGCUCCUUUCCAAAAUACCAUUGACAUCGUGGAGCUCAAGGGACGACAUGUGAAGGAAAUGUUCGAAUAUUCUGUGCAAAACUACGAUAUCACGGGACAGAAUCUCUUUGGUGGAUUUCUACAAGUCUCCGGCUUCGUUGUGGUGUACGACAUCAACCUCCCCGUCGGGCAGCGCGUGGUGCGCCUCCAGGCCAGGUGCGUGUCGUGUCGAGUGCCCGAGAUGAAGGACGUGGUGGAGGACGAGGUGUACCAGAUCGCGAUGCCGUCCUACCUGGCCAACGGCGGCGACGGCUACGAGGUCAUCCGGGACAACAAGGUCGAGCAUCACUUGACAGGCUUGCUCGACACGGACGCCUUCUCGCAGUACAUCUCGCUGAACACUCCGAUUUACCAGGGCUUGGAAAAUCGGAUUCUCUACAUCAACUCCAACGACCUCUGUCCUGGUAACGCUGCUCACCGACCUCAGGGAUUUCUUGGCGCUGUGGUGCUGGCAAUAAUGGUGGUGGUUUUGGCGGGAGGAUUGGAGAUUCGAAAUUGAAAAGGAUUGAUUGACAUAUGUGGUGGUUUGGCAUUUUUAUCUGUUCUUUGUCCGUGUGUCUAUAUUGUGGUUUGUUUUAUGUGUAUGUAUAUUGUACAUUGAUUUAGAUUUGAAAGAGUGAUAAUUAUCAUGGUGGUUUGGAAUUUGUAUUUGUUCUUUUUCUGCGUGUGUGUUUUGUGUUAUGUGUAUGUAUAUUGUAUAUUGAUUUCAAUUUGUAAGAUUGAUAAUGAUUAUGGUGGCUUGGAUUUUUUUUUUGUGUGUGUAUUUUGUCUUUUUGUGUAUACAUUGUUUUGUGUGUAUUGUCUUGUAUAUGGGUAAUUUUGUGGUUGCGAGAAGGAAGAUGGCAUUAUUAUUGUUAUUAUUAUUAUUAUCAUUAUUAUUUGUUCUCUUCAGAGUAAAGACUUAUAUUUAUGGAUAAAAGAAUGAUCUGAGUGUACAUAUAUAUUUUUAUAGAUAUGAAACAUUCCCCCGAAAUAGUCGUGUGCCAUAGAUUCUCGUAAAUAAGCAAGUUGAAGAUGAUUUUGGCCUCGGAGCAUGUUUUCACUGUCAAUGAAUUCGAAUAUACCUCAAGUGUCUCGCUUCUUCAUAGGCCUUUCUGAGAACAGGCACGUUUUGUCCACUUCAUGAAUGCAUUCUGGCUUGCGCCUAUGU